AUGCGUGCCAGAACCGUUUCGAUACUCACCCUCAUGUGGUCCGCUUUAGGCCAGCAUGUCGAACAAGAGAGCAUGGAGGCAUUGCCUCGCCAGAGGGACUUUGUGGCCAGAGCGGUUCCCCUGGAAAUUUUGACAACAUUGGCGGUAGCUUCAUCUCAGGUUGAAAGCACUCAGCACAGUACGUUCCGCACCUGCAUUGUGGUGGAAUAUAUACUCAUUGUACUCAAAACAGAUAGCCAGCCGCCUAAAGCUCUCCCAACGUCACUUCGUGAUAUGUCUAUAAAUGAAAGAGAUGGCAGUGAAUUUUACCGCCAUCCUGAAAAAGCCGAAAGUCCGAGCUAUCGUAAUCAUUAUCAAACUGCCGAGUCGUCCAGCACGUCUUCCUCAGCUGGGGGCUACGCUGGGGGCCCUUCGCCCUCGCCCGUUCAUACUCACUCAGAGGACUACGGAGAAAGUCAAACUUCUGUGACUGUAAGUAACUCAGGAUAUGGUAACAGUGUCUUUCGGUCUAGCAGUGGUAACGAUGGCUACCACGAACAGUCCAAGUCUCCCUAUAAAUCCAGGGACGAUAACCACUGGCCGGGGCAUGGACACGGCCACGGCCACGGCCACGGCCACGGCAACGGCCACGGCCACGGUCACGGCAACGGGCACGGCCACGGCCACGGCAACGGCCACGGUGGUGGACGCCCGCACUGGGGACAUCCGCACGAUAGCCACCACGGCAACAGACCCUGGCACACGAAGGGACCGUGGUCGGUAACGACUAUUCCCACCUCUACCACAUUCAUUGUCUCAACAUCGACCUCAGCCUCGACUUUGAGUCCGACCUCGAUCUCGCUGUCGGCCCCGAUGCCUACCUCCACAAGUUGGCCGUUGAAUAGCUCCUCGGUAGAUCCUGGAGAUACACUGACCAGCGCAGAUGCUCUAAACAGUUCGAACCAUAUACCAAGCUUCACACUGAGGAACUCUUUCUCAAAGAACUCCUCUGUAGUGUUGGCAUCUUCCGGUACGGCUUCCACCACCAAUUCCUCUUCGGCAGCGGUGACACCUCGGCCUUUGACGCCGAGUCCAACUCACUCGGGAAAUCCGACCAACUUGACGAUUGAGACGAGCUUUCCUUCCAUAUCUUUGCCGGAGUCCACAGAGACGCUUGUCUCAUCUUCAGUGAAUGCAAGCACAGACACACUGACCAAUUCAAGCCAUGCCACCUCGACGCCCCCUCUAUCAAUCCUGAGCACAUUCCCUCUUUCCAUCUUCACGCCCAAUACGACAGGUUCUGCAGUCUCAAACUACACCAUAUCCCUGAACACGACCACACUCAUCGUGGGGUCGAGUGCACACAUGACGUCCUUGCAAGUCAACUUCACGAACCAGAAGCGUACUGAGGCCGAGGCCAACCUCGGCACCAUUUCCUUUCACCAAUUCUACCUCUGCGCCAUUGACCUGGGAAACUCUCACAGCUCCUGCCUCGACGACAAGUGUCUCGCCACCAUACCCUCUUACCAACUCCAGCACCUCCCUCUGGGAAACGACGUCGUCACACGUGGCGACUAUCAUAUCAGCUGGGCCACCCUCAACGACGACCAAAACACCCCCCUUCCCAUUGGCCAACUCUACAUCGACUGGGGAGACAGCCGCCUCAGUUUCCUCAUCCCACCGCCCGCGCCCUGCAGCCGCAUCUGUCACCUGGAAGCCCAUCACAGCCAACACAACUUGCGUCACGACGGAGGCAACCCUUGUGACAAACACAGCCCAUGUUACCUUGGUGACGACCUCCACAGACACGGAUUUCGCUGGAGUCAUUUCUGGAACUGUUUCUGUGGUGCCACCCGCUGCCUCGACCGCCCUUGA